UUAUUAUUUAUUAUUGGGUUUUAAUAUUAUCAUUUUUUAAUUAUUUUUUUGUUUAUUAAAUAUUUUUUUAUUGAUUAUUUUUUCAUAUGUGGGUAAACCAGCAAAAAAUGACCCGUAAAUGCAACAAUUUCAAAUGGUGUGCCAGUCAUAUGAAACACUUAAUAACGCUUAAAACACAACCACCCGCUUUCGCAAACUUUUGCAUCCGCAACUGCUGCGUUUGAACAAGUCAGGCUCUAAAUCAAUAUUUUUCUUUCCUUCGUCAUUAUUUUACAUUUUAGUUAUUUUUAUUAGAAAAGAAACAUUUGAUUAUACUUUAAUUUGGAUUAGGAAUAAGAUCCAUUUUAGCUUACUUUUAGUCAAAGAUUAUCCACCAUAUUUUGUUUUAGAUUUCUUACUAUAUAUAUACAGACUAAUAAGUUUUGUUGUAUGUCAUAAAAAUGAAUAUUAUUAUUUUCCAUAUGUAUGAAUAUUUUUAUAUUUUUCUAUAUGAAAGAAUAUUUUGUUCUAGAUUUCUAUACUAUAUAGGGAACAUACCAUAUAUAUACAAACUAAUAGUGUCCCCUUGGCUAUGACCAUGCAAAUAUAACCAUAUUUGAAUACAAAACUUACUUUCAAAGCUAUAUUUAAUUUCUUUUGACCCUGGAAUGGUAUGAUAUUGGUAUAUGUAGAUAUAUGUAUGUGUGGGUGUGUAUAUAAAGAGCACUACCCCACUUUGAAAUUUAUAAGAAACAAACACAAAAAAAGAGUCAUGACAAGAAACAGGGUGAAGAUGGCUUACAUAGAGAAUGAGACUUCAAGGAAGGCAACAUUCAGGAAAAGAAAAGGAGGUAUCAUGAAGAAAGCCUUGGAGUUGUCAACUCUCUGUGACGUCCCAAUAGCCGUAAUCGUCCAGAGCGAGUACAACUCGGUCCCUGAGGUGUUCCCUCCAUCGAGACAAGCUAUGGGAAACGUGGUGGCCAGAUGGGAUUCGUUGCCGCUCGUUGACAAGACCAAGAAGAUGAUGAACCAAGAGCAGUUUAUCCAACAGAGGAUCACCAAAGCAACUGAGAGUUGCAAGAAGGUCGCGAAGGAGAACAAAGAGUUGGCGAUGAAGGAGGUCAUGUAUGAUUGUCUCCGUGGCGACACUGCGCCAUGUGAUCUUGGUGAGGGUGAACUUCGUGAUUUGGGUGGUGUUAUUGACCAGUAUAUCAAAGGUCUUAAUCGUAGGAUCCAGGUUCUUAUGAGGGACCAUGCAUCGUCCUCCACCUCUGUUGUUCCUGAUGCUGAUGUUGCAACAUCUGUUGCCAUGCCUACAGCUGAGAUGGGUUCUUCCUCAAACGUCAAGGACUUUGAUCUGAAUCAGACACAGAGUGAGUGAUUUGUGAGCAUCGUUAGCGGUCUGCCGGUCUCAACCAUGUUGAUGUUUCGGUUAUUUAAGCUUCAAUAAAAAUAUGUUUUAAGUACUUUUGUUUUAAUUACAUGUGUGUUUCGUUGGUUUGACAUGUAAUAUUCUAGUUCAUCUUCAAUAAAAUUUCAUUUUCG